GAGAUCAGCCCUGACUCCGCCCCCUGCUCCUCCGCAGAGCCACAGUCGAGGAGGACUCUACAGGAGAGGGAAGGGGAAGUGGCGAGACUCCGGGGGACGGCAGCUCCCUGCACCGCAGCACGGACACACAUCCUACGCUGAGGAAGAACCAGCCGCGUGUUUCUUCUCGGAGGAUCUACGAGGGAAGAUGCACGCAAACCCUGGUGGGUGUUAAGAAGAAGAAGAAGAAGUGAUGAAACAUUCAUCUGAAGUUUCUCUGUGUGGAUCCUAACAACUGCCUGUCUACGUGGAUAGACUGUGGUCAGCAGCACUUGAGCACAAUGUCCAUUAGCCAAACUCCUCACUACUUCAUUAUCUAAAUGGGACAACUUCAAGGCAUUCAAGACCAUAAUGACAUAAUGGAUGUGUUGGCCAAGGCUUGUGACAUAAUCGGUUUUAUGUCUGCAAUGUCUGUGAGUUUUCCGUAAAUACUAUAAUGCUGCGAGGCAUUCUGAGCUCCAGGAAUAGACUGACUGGUUGUUCCGCUGUUGACUGGGAUUGGUAAAGACUGGAGGACGGAUGAAACAAUCUGACAGAAUGGCAUCACAGGAGGGGGAGGAGCCUCCUCCAAACCGAGGCCAAUCAGAUAGCCGCCUAAAGAGCAGGAAGCCGCCCAGCCUUGUAAUAGCCAUCCCCCCACCUGAAGUGAUGAUGUCCCAUGACCCCACAAAACAGCCACUGCGACCGUCCCUGAAAAAAAGCGAGAGUGGUCAAGCGACCGGCUCUGUGUCGGAGGGCACGAGUGGAGCCGGGGAUCGACCUUUCUUAUCCAGAGACAGGAGGGCAAAGUUUGGCAGACAGACAUCGCUGUCUCAAAGCAUCCGCAGGAACACAGCCCAGUGGUUUGGCGUGGGGGAAGACUGUGAGACCAAGCAGCAGGUAUGGCACAAGAAGAGCCUGCGCCACUGCAGCCAGCGCUACGGCAAGCUGAAGGCCCAGUAUAGAGAGCCUGACACAGCCACCAGCUUCGACCAGGGCCUGGACUCACCGGCCGCACACAAGAUGCCAAAGAUUGUGGAUCCCCUGGCACGGGGAAGAGCCUUCCGUUGCCCAGAUGAGUUGGACAGUCGCUCCCCCAGGACACCUCACGCUGCUCAGGGGGGUCCCAUCACCCCGGGGGUCACCUCACUCAGCUCUUUCACCAGCCAGCGCUCCGGGUAUAGCCGCUUUCCCAAACGCAAGAGGGAGUCCGUUGCCCGCAUGAGUAUCCGAGCUGCGUCCAACCUGCUGAAGGGUCGUAGUGGUUUAACGGGCUCUCCGACAGGUCGCAGUUUCCCCAGAAGGAGCUUUGCCAGGCCCAGCUGGAUGGACGAGGACAUGGUGGACUCGGCCGACACGUCUGAGUCGCUCUUUUUCAGCAAGGUUGAUGCCCAUGGUGAGCUGUACUCAAUGGCUGAUGAUGUAUUUGAAUCUCCACCCAUGUCCGCGUCUUUCGCUCCCGGCGAGCAGCCUGACCACAAAUUCCCAAGCCUUAAGGACGUGUCCAGGACGCCCAGGACGCCAACAGUAGUGCCUGAAAAGAGCCGUCCUCGCCGGGGGCGUCGCAUCGCCUCCCAAGUGAAACACUUUGCAUUUGACAAACAUAAGCGUCAGUACGGCAUGGGCGUUGUGGGGAAAUGGCUGAACCGGCACUACAGACGGAGCCUCAGCAGCAAUGUGCAGAAGCAGCUGGAUGACUUCCACAGCCACAGGCCCUACUUUACCUACUGGAUCACAUUUGUCCAUAUCUUAAUCACACUGCUGGCCUGCUGUACAUAUGGUUUUGCCCCUGUGGGGUUUGCUCAACAUUCUACAACUGAACUGGUGCUGAAGAACAAAGGCAUUUAUGAGAGUGUCAAGUUUAUCCAACAGGAGAACUUCUGGAUUGGUCCCAGCUCUGAGGACCUGAUCCACCUGGGGGCCAAGUUCUCACCAUGCAUCCGUCAGGACAGACAGAUAGUGAGUCUGAUCCAGAGGGCCAAAGACCUGGAGAGAGCGUCUGGCUGCUGCGUUCAGAAUGACAACUCUGGAUGUGUGCAGACCCACAGCUCCCACUGCUCCGAGACGCUGGCCACAUUUAUCAAAUGGGAAAAUGAGGAUGUGGACAUCAGCAGGUCCUCUGGUUCUGUCUGUCACCAGGACCCAAGAGUGUGUGAAGAGCCGGCCUCUGCAGAGCCUCAUACGUGGCCCGAUGACAUCACCCAGUGGCCGGUGUGUACGUAUCCUAAGAAGUGGAACCACACAGGUUACAGACACAUGGACUGUAAGAUCAAGGGACGGCCAUGCUGCAUAGGAACUAAGGGCAGAUGUGAGAUCACCACCAGAGAGUAUUGCACUUUCAUGCACGGUUAUUUCCACGAAGAUGCCACACUCUGCUCACAGGUUGACUGUCUGGACGACGUGUGCGGCUUGCUGCCCUUCCUUAAUCCUGAUGUUCCAGAUCAGUUCUAUCGUCUCUGGCUAUCGAUCUUCCUCCAUGCUGGGCUCCUGCACUGCGCAGUGUCGGUGGUGUUCCAGAUGACCAUACUGAGAGACCUGGAGAAGUUGGCAGGUUGGGUCCGCAUCUCCAUCGUUUACAUCCUCAGUGGCAUCACUGGAAACCUUGCUUCUGCCCUGUUCCUGCCCUACAGAGCGGAGGUGGGUCCAGCAGGGUCUCAGUUUGGUCUUCUUGCUUGCCUGUUCGUCGAGCUGUUUCAAGGCUGGCAGAUGCUGGAGAAGCCACGGAAGGCCUUUUUCAAGCUGCUGGGCAUCGUCCUCUUCCUCUUCCUGUGCGGCCUCCUGCCCUGGAUCGACAACAUCGCCCACAUCUUUGGCUUCCUCAGCGGCAUGCUGCUCUCCUUCGCCUUCUUGCCCUACGUCACCUUCGGGACUUUCGACACGUACAGGAAACGAAUCCUCAUUGCUGUUUCAAUGUUGGCCUACAUCGGGCUCUUCUCGUCCCUCAUCGUCUGGUUUUAUAUUUACCCGAUUAACUGGCACUGGCUGGAGCAUCUCACCUGCCUGCCCCUCACGAGCAAGUUCUGUGAAAAGUACGACAUAGACCAUGACAUUGGCGAUGUGGUGCACUAGUCACAAGGCCCUUGAUGAUGAUGUCUUGCAUGGCCACAGUGUUGGUGUUACUGACCCAUGUCCAUUUCUAACCAAUGUCCAGGUCGAUUGGCCUUUCUGAAAACAUGGCAAUUGUGUUUUUCAUUCUCUCAUCAAAAGACCUGGUCAAAGUCCUUAUGAAUGGAACGACAUCAGUCUCCUCAUCAGCAUGUCAUUUGCCUGAUUCUUCAAAACUCAACUCAACCUUUUUGAUCCUCGGUCAAGUCUAGCGUUUCAAUUUGCCAAUGAGCCCCAAGAUUCUCUGAAACCAGAGGACAGGAUGAUAAACUCCGGAUGUUAAAGCGGCAUAGAGCUGUGUGGACCUUCAGGAAAAGUUCAACAGAACGACAGACCGUCUGCUUCUUUCAGUUGGUGAAAGUCACAUCAGUCUAACGAAGCCGAAUGAAUCGGGAGGACGUGGGCAUCUCGGGGCCAAAUGGGCAGCUGAGCUGAAGGACGUGUGACACCACGGUGGGUCAUGAGGUAUCCUGUUGCACAGUGAUAUGAGAUCAAUCAGAUGCCUCCUUCCCGUGAUUGCCCUUGUCAGUAACACAUCUGAUUUUACAGCAAAAGAUCUGAUGAUUUUAAUGUACUUGAACACCUUCUGGCCGUUGACGGUGAGGUUGAGGUGCCACAGCACUGAAAAUGGCUUUAACACUACAAAAGGCUGUCACUGUUUUUGAAAGUUUUCUUUUGCACUUGGCAUGUCAAUAUUCACUGGAGUAGUGAAAUGUUAAGCUAAAUGUAACGAGUAUUAACUGUGCAGCCGGAAUUAAUGUCAAUGGUCAACUUAGGCAAGAUUUCUAUCUAAAACCACUAGUUGCCUUAAACAGAUUCUGCCAUUUUAUGGAGACGGCUCAUCAAACAGCUUGUGAUCAGCUCACCCAAUGACUUCUGACCCCAACCUACCAAAGCAACCUACACAAUGUUCUUAGUCAAGCUCUUCUUUUAAUGUCUCUAUUUGAUCACGUUGUUUCAGUAACACGGUGGUGCCUAAACCAUUUUGUAGAUUCAUUCUGAAAAACCGUGAAAACAAUAUUUAUUCUCUGAGUAGUCAAUCGUGCAUUUUUGUUGGAUCAGAGCAGGUUUUUCUACCUUAUUCUUUGACAGUCAGAGUCACAUGAUCACAUCGUCACUGGAGCCUUAAUAUGUUUGUGAAAUAUUGAAAUUUACUGUAAAAGGCUCUUUUAAAAAAUGUAAACAAAGUUUGCACUGUCCUUAACAAAAACAAUGCAAGACAGAUGAUUUUAAACUAUUUCAAUUAUGAUGUUUCCACAGACAUAGGAUUUCCCUCAAUGCUAACCUCAACCUGACACAUAACGAGCUGUUUUCAGACAUGAACUCAGUCCGGAAAAUGUCCAGACACAAUUUUUCCAGAUUUUCACAUACUCUGGAGUUUGACUUUAAUGUAUGAAGAACGCAGCAGGAGAUUCAAAACAGCAGUCACAUUUACAGAACGUACAGAGUGGCGCUUAACUAAAGAUCCCACUCACCCCUUGAGAAUGUUCCUGCUGUGUUUUACCUCGGACAGUUUCCGCUGGCCGUGAAAUAAUCCGAUUCAGUAGCAACAUUUGUGAACAUUCUUACAUACAGUCCCUCGGCAAAAGUUCAUCAAAAUGUCUAGACUGCUUGUCUGAAAGCAGCUCAAGUUGAUGGUUGCUGUCGUUGUUGGUCCCUGACAAUGUGACAAGCGUGACAGUAUGACUUCAGAAGUCUUGACACCUGAAACGAAACACAUUUCCACUUCCUGGCUUUGGACAUUAACUUGGAUCUCGUAUGUUGUUGUCGUGCACUGUGGCGCGUGUUGACGCCUGCUGUUAGGAAAGCCACGAUCAUGACUGUUGUGUGGAGGAUUAUGUGAGGUACUAAAUGAGAUUAUGUGAGUUAGAUUCAGGGGCUUAUUCACUCAUAAUCUGGUGUUGUUGAAAACGUGAGUUAUAAAAAAUAAAUACGUGCAGAAUAGGUUCUUGUUGGACAAUUUGAGUAUUUUAACUUCUUUUAAGACCACUGCGUUUCAACGGUAAAUGUCAGUCUGUUUUAAGCCAUAUGUCCUCAUACAGUACGUGGGCAAAGUGUGAUAAUGACAUCCAGCUCUUCUCUGUGCCUUUUGACAUGUGCGCAUGUCAAUGUUCGAUCUGAGCUCAACAACUCUCUUCUACAAGCAUGACAGUAAUUGCUGUGUCUGCAUUGGGACCAAAUCAUUUCACUCCUCUUCUUUGUAACGGAAUAAAAAGGGACUUUUUUUUUUUAAGAAUUUGAGGUUAUGGUGAAGGUACUUUUGUGUUCUGUUUCAGUUUUGUAUGUGAUAAUCUAAGUGUGCUAAAGCAAUCAUGUCAAAAUAAAUGCCACCAUAGUAACUGA